AUGCCCGAAUGGUUCGAUGAUACUUCGUCGUCUGAAUCCGACAGGGUAGCUCAAGAGAUCAUUGAUGAGAUCCAGUUGCAGAAACAAUUGAUUGCUCAAAUAUACUCCCAACCGGAACCGGAACGUAUUGUUUAUCACCGAUCUUACGUCUACCGUGAUCGUGAGGCUGCUCAUUUACGUCUUAUGCAAGACUACUUCAAUGACAAUCAAACGUACGGGCCUACAUUUUUCCGACGUCGUUUUCGGAAGCAGAAGGAGUUGUUCUUGCGCAUCAUCGAUGCUAUGCAAGAUGAAGAUAGUUACUUCCAGAUGAGCUAUGAUGCACGAGGUCGGGACUCUCUCACGUCUUUGCAGAAAUACACGGUGGCUAUCCGCAAAUUAGCCACCAGCGUCAGUGUGGAUACUUUUGACGAGUAUCUCAAGGUUGCUGAUACGAGGGGGCGUCUAUGCCUCAAGAGAUUCUGCAAGGCUGUCAUCCGGGCUUACGGAGCCAGAAUUGUCCAAAGGCGUGGCAUGGCCCAUAUAUACGCGGUGAUCAAGGGAAGCCCACCUUGA